AGUACUCCUAUUUCACAUUGUACCCACAGACAGACACAAAGUCAACAUACACAGACUUAUUGACAGACCAAAGUCAACAGACUAAUUUACCCUCCAAACCCGAGUAUGUAGACUUUGAACCUAUGGCACAGGUGGUUGAUCCCAACCAUAACAUGGUUUCCAUGACACAGUUAAUAUAUCAUGCCGUUGUCCAAUCACAGCGUAGAAAAACAUGCCCGUGGUGACUCUCAAGAAGAAAACUUGUGUGUCACAAUCCAUUACUCGUUAUGUAACGGUCUUUGUUGUACCCGAAGUAGUGACAGAAUCACCGGUAGCUAAUCCAGUUAAUACUGACCAAUUAGUGCGCUGUUUUACGUCAACAUCAAAAAUGGCGAUCGCUCAAGCCGAAGUCUUCCAUGAUGAAGAGCACAUUUUGAACUGCGCGAUUUGCAGGGACCGGUUUGAUAACCCCAAAGAGCUGCCGUGCCUUCACACGUUUUGCCGGGACUGCCUGGAGCGAUAUGUCGGUGGGGAAACUGGUGCCUUCUGCUGUCCAACCUGUCACAGAAUAACGGCCGUACCGCGAGCUGGGGUGGACGGCUUUCUCAACAACAGUCACAUCAGCAGCCUCGUGCAGCUAAACGAGCUCUUCAGUAGACAAGAACCCUGUCAAGAAGAAGGUGUUAAUUUUCAGGACGCCACGCUGUGUCCCGUACAUAAGGACCAAGUCGUGACGUCCUACUGUAAUACAUGUGAGACCCUCUUAUGUCUGCGCUGCACGCAGUCGGACAGUCACCCCGGACCCGACCAUGACCUGUGUGAGUUGGCGAAAAUUGCCGAAAGGCACCGAACCAGCCUUCGGGAGCUCCUCACCAGAGUUUGGGACUUGAGGUCGGAUAUUAUAAGAGCCACUGACAAGGUCAAAUCGCAACAAGAGACUCUUGGACUAGAGAAAGAAAGGGCCGAGGAGGGCAUCAAAGAUUUCUUUGACAAAUUAACCGCACUUUUGGAAGUGAAGAAGAUCGACCUCCUGAAAGAGGUUCAACGAGUCAGCGCCGACAAAAUGGCGACCUUGACUCAGCAAUCCCGUGAAUUGGACGACUUUUUAACCGAUUUAGAGUCCGAGGCGAAGUUUUGCGGUCAAACCUUGGCCCACCAUAGUAACGCUGAACUCGUGCAUGUACAGAAACAAAUACAGGAAAACCUAGACCAAAUUCUAUCGCGAAAGAUCGACGUUAAUUCAAAAACGAACACGCUAAUCGUGUACAGGGCUGACGAAACAUGUCUGCAAACGUUACAGGAUAUCGACGCUGGUUAUAUCCAAUCCUCUCCCUGUUCUCCCCCACACUCAACACUCUCUAUAGAAGACGCGACGGAGGGAUUUUUCACAACGAUCCAAGUGCAACCACGAGACGAACACGGUCAGAAAUGUCACACAGACAGCGGGAAUGUAGAAAUUGAGAUAAAGGAACCCACGGGUGGUAUACAAGAGGCGAACGUUGAACCCAGGCUUGACGGUACGUGGUCUGUGGAGUGGAGACCGCGGGUAGCCGGCGAGCAUUGCGUGGUGGCCAGUAUUGACGGGUACCCUGUGAAUGGUAGCCCUUACGUCAUCAACGUCAAGAGCAACAACCCCGUCCUGCAGUUUGGGAAGAGAGGAACGAGGAAAGGUCGUUUUAGAGAGCCAAUCGGGAUCGCCAUAGACAAAUUAGGUCAAGUCGUGGUGGCGGAUUCGACUAACGCGAGGAUUCAGAUUUUCGACCCUUACGGGAGGUGUCUCCAUGCCUUUCCGGCGUUGUCCUCUCAUGCUACAGGCGUGAGCGUCAGUCCUCUUGGCGACAUCGUGGUAGUGGAGUGGGAGGAGAACACUGUGAUGAUAUUCUCCGCAGAGGGGAAGCUUCUCCAGCGGUUUCGUUGCGAACAUUUCAGGCAGCCGUACGGGGUAGCCGUGCGACAGGACGGCUGGAUAGUCGUAGCCGACGCCAAGGCUCACCGCGUCUUCGUGCUGGCACCUGACGGGACGCUCGUCCGGACGGUCGGGGAGAGGGGGACCGGGGAAGGACAGUUCGAACAGCCGUACUUCGUCGCCACCGACCAGAACGACGACAUCGUCGUGGCCGAGAUGUCCAACCACCGCAUUCAGGUCUUCGACAUGUUCGGGAACUUCAAGCGCAAGUUCGGUUCGUACGGACCGAAGCUGGGGCAGUUCUCCUGCCCGGCCGGAGUGGCCGUGGACAGGGACGGUCACAUCAUCGUGGUGGACACGGACAACCAGCGGGUCCAGGUGUUCCGGGACGACGGGAAGGUGUUGUCGGUGGUGAGUAGCGCAGAACACCGGCUGAACAUUCCUCACGGCGUGGUCGCCACGGAGGACGGGCACAUCUUUGUAGCGGACACCUACAACCACUGUGUCAAAAAAUAUCGAUACAUAUGA